CCACCUCGAGCGUGCCUUCCCUGAGGCCAUGAAGAAAGCCGGGUCAACAGUGCCGCAGCUCUUCUCUCUCACGCCUCUUUUUCUUCUUCAUUCUCUUCCUUCUGUCCUACGCCCGAAGUACGCUUUACGGACCAUCUCAUAUCAUAUAUCAUUUCUCCCGAGAUUCUUUACCAGACGAGAGGAUUCUCAAGAUGCACGUACCCUAUCUUUUGAUUGCUUCGAGUCUGAAUUUUAUGCCGAGUGUCUUCGGACGCAAUAUCAUUGAUCUUCCAUCUGACUACGAAACCGUUCAAGUUGCUUCCCAUCUUCAGGGUCCUGGAACCAUUCAGAAUCUGCUUGAACGUGAUCUUGGUGGUGCGAGAUGUGGUGCAGGCUAUGGUCGGUGCUCCAACGGCAAUUGCUGUUCUACUGCAGGAUACUGCGGGAACACUACAGCUCAUUGUCGCUCCCCGGAUUGCCAGAUCGACUAUGGCCAUUGCGACGCCCAUGCCACUCCAGGAGGUCCUUCGACAGAGGCUAUUCCACGACCAAAGCUCGGGAAAGUUGCGUACGGCCCAACCGCGAUUCGCUCUUGCACUACCCCCGGAACCGUUGCUUUAACCUACGAUGACGGACCCAACCAGUAUACCCGUGACCUUCUGGAUCUUCUAGACAAAUAUGACGCUAAGGUAACCUUUUUUGUCACCGGAAACAACAACGGCAAGGGCCAGAUUGACAGCCCGGAAGUUCCCUGGGCUCCACUCAUCCAGCGCAUGGUGCUUAGCGGACAUCAGGUGGCGAGUCACACCUGGUCUCAUCAGGAUCUAAACAAAAUCUCUCAAGUCCAGCGCCGCACUCAGCUUUUGUGGAACGAAGUAGCCCUCCGAAACAUCCUCGGCUAUUUUCCUACCUACAUGCGUCCACCGUACUCGAGCUGCACUACGGAUACUGGCUGUCUAAGCGACAUGGGCGACCUCGGUUACCACGUAAUCCUUUACGAUAUUGAUACAGAAGACUAUAGCCAUGACAGUCCAGACACGAUCCAACGCUCCAAGGACAUCUUUGAUGAGAACCUAGCUCGUGAGAAAAGUUUUUAUAAAUCCUGGCUUGUCAUCGCGCACGAUGUACACGAGCAGACCGUCCACAAUCUCACGGAGCACAUGUUGCAGAAGCUUAUGGUAGACGGAUAUCGUGCAGUGACCGUUGGAGAAUGCCUUGGUGACCCUGUACAAAAUUGGUAUCGCCGUGAUGACCAGGUUAAGGUCCCAGGAAACCCCAAGCCGAAACCGCCUUUGGAAGACAUCUCGACUGAUGGGAAAUGUGGUGGGAAAGUGUCAUGCAUCGGGUCCGACUUCGGCAUGUGCUGUGGUGGCAAGGGCUACUGCGGUAACACAACCGAAUACUGCGGAGAAGGUUGUCAGCCCAACGCCGGUUAUUGUGAGAGCGACUUCUUGGACAGCAGUCAACAAACAGGGCCCGGCAUCGUUGGAUCAGACCCAUUGGGCGAUAGUAUCAACAAAGACAAGAAGUUCUUUAAGUCAAAUGCAAGCUCCCGCUUUGGUCGAACUUCUCUGACAUUGGCUUCGAUAUUCUUAUUCGCCUUGGCGUUGCUGUGAUCCGUCAAUAAUCCCUUCUUCCCAAACAACUGACCAAUCAACACCAGAUUUGCCCCGUGUAAAUGGUUUAUGGCGGUUUAAACAGUACUGGUUGUAUACUGGUCGUCAUUGUUUCUUUUAACCUCAAAGGGUAUGAGUUAUGUUUUAGACCUU